AUGACAGAUUUAGGUACAUCAACAGCUAAAGAAGCAAAAGAAUAUUUUUCUAAUAUGGAUCGUCAUCGUAUUAUAUUUAAAUAUGAAUCAAUAAAAGAUGAUUUUCCUAUACAAAUAGCAUUCCAUUGUGCAUUAAAUGAUGAUCAACAAGAUUGGAUUAAAUGGCAAAGAGAAGAUAUUAAUCCAAGAUAUGAUCAUCAAUUAGGUACAUGUUUACAUGGUGGUGGUGGUGAUGCAGCUUCAGAACAUUAUAUAUGUACUCAACUGAAUCCUCUUACUUUAUCAUUAUUUAAUGUAAAUAAUGAAGCAUUAAAAUAA